AUGGCCUUUGCUAAUCUCCGGAAGGUCUUAAUCAGUGACAGCCUGGAUCCUUGCUGCCGCAAGAUCCUGGAGGACGGAGGGCUGCAGGUGGUGGAGAAGCAGAAUCUGAGCAAAGAGGAGCUGAUAGCCGAGCUGCAGGACUGUGAGGGGCUGAUCGUCCGCUCAGGGACCAAAGUGACCGCAGAUGUCAUCAAUGCUGCUGAGAAGCUCCAGGUGGUGGGCAGGGCCGGCACUGGUGUGGACAAUGUGGAUUUGGAGGCAGCAACGAGAAAAGGCAUACUCGUCAUGAACACCCCUAAUGGAAACAGCCUCAGUGCUGCUGAGCUCACCUGUGGAAUGAUCAUGAGCCUGGCCAGGCAGAUCCCCCAAGCUGCAGCUUCCAUGAAGAAUGGAAAAUGGGAACGAAAAAAGUUCAUGGGGACCGAGCUGCAUGGGAAAACUCUGGGGAUCCUGGGUCUGGGGAGAAUUGGGAGAGAAGUAGCCACCAGGAUGCAGUCCUUUGGGAUGAAGACAGUGGGAUAUGACCCCAUCAUCUCUCCAGAGGUCUCAGCAUCCUUUGGUGUUCAGCAGCUGCCCCUGGAGCAGAUAUGGCCUGUCUGUGACUUCAUCACUGUACACACACCUCUUCUGCCUUCAACAACAGGUUUGCUGAAUGACAACACCUUUGCCCAGUGCAAGAAGGGGGUCCGUGUGGUGAACUGUGCCCGGGGAGGGAUCGUGGAUGAGGGAGCCCUGCUGCGUGCCCUGCAGUCAGGCCAGUGUGGUGGGGCCGCCCUGGAUGUGUUCACAGAAGAACCCCCUCGAGGCCUGGCCCUGGUGAACCACGAGAAGGUCAUCAGCAGCCCCCACUUGGGCGCCAGCACCAAGGAAGCCCAGAGCCGGUGUGGGGAAGAAAUUGCCGUUCAGUUUGUGGACAUGGUGAAGGGGAAGUCUUUGUCUGGGGUUGUGAAUGCCCAGGCCCUCACCACCGCCUUCUCCCCCAGCACCAAGCCCUGGAUUGGUCUGGCAGAAGCUUUGGGCACAUUGAUUCGUGCCUGGGCUGGGUCACCCAGAGGAACUAUCCAAGUAGUGACACAGGGUUCAUCUCUGAAGAAUGCAAGGAACUCUCUGAGCCCCGCGGUCAUCGUUGGCCUCCUGAAGGAAACAGCCACCCAGGCUGACGUAAACUUGGUGAAUGCCAAGCUUCUGAUGCAAGAGGCUGGACUCAAUGUCACAGCCACACACAAUCCAGCCUCCCCCCUGGAUCAAAGCAGUGGGGACAGCCUGCUGACCGUCUCCUUGGCAGGUGCCCCUUACAGGGCAGUGGGUUUAGUCCAAGGCACAACUCCAGUCCUGCAAGAACUCAAUGGUGCCAUCUUCAGACCAGAAGUGCCUCUCCGCCGGGAUCUCCCCCUGCUAUUCUAUAGGGCCCAGCCCUCUGACCCAGAGCUGCUGCCCACCAUGAUUGGACUCCUUGCAAAGUCAGGAGCACGACUGCUGUCCUACCAGACCUCAGGGGUGUUGGAUGGGGAGACAUGGCAUGUCAUGGGCCUUUCCUCCUCACUGCCAAACCUUGAUGCAUGGAAGCAGCACGUGACAGAGGCUUUCCAGUUCAGCUUUUAAACCUGCUCACCUCUUCCAGGGCCCUUCUGAAGCAAGAAGACAGCCCUGACAGGAUCAGCAGAGAAGGAGCCAUCCCAUGAGGCUCUCAACAGUGGUCUCUGUCACUGUCCCCAUCCCAGAAUGUCAUCCUUACUGUAGUUUGGAAAUAACCAUUUAAUAAAGAAAGAAACAGAAACUAA